AGGGAUGCACUGUGAUCACGUUCGCUGAACCGUCGUGGUGGGCGGGUGCUCAACCCCACCUUCAGAGUUCGGCUUGCCUCUCCCCCUUUCUCGUUGCUCACUUGGAUCAUCUCUUGGCCUGACUCCGCCUUCCCAUCCCCACGGUGGAGCGCGAGAAAGGAGGGCGAGGACGAGAUGACGACCGGGUCGUCCGUCAGCCUCGCUGCAGGGGAGCAGUCGGCCCGCGGUCGCGCGGUGCUGUCCGGCCUGCCGGACACGGCCGGCAUCGUCCUCGUCGGCGAUGGGCCCCGUCGAUGUCGGCCCCCUCGGCGCUAUGAGGGGUGUGCGGUGCGUUUUAUGGUGCGAUGGAUGGCGCUGGGGCAAGGGCGGCCACGGCUCGCACAAGAUUCAGCUCCUGCUCGUGGAGUUAAAGGCCGGUGUUGGGGUCCUCAGCGGCGAGGAGGACGACACGUCGUGUGUACGCAGUGUUCCUCCCGCUCGUGGAGUGAGCGUUUUGGACUAGCCUCGAGGGUGGCCGUCCGGACGGCAACGAGCUUCGGCUCUGCAUCCAGAGCUGCAACUCCGGCAGGCACGCCACUUCUUCGCCCCUCUCAGUCGCCGGUGCUUUUGUUCUGUGUAUGGCGAUGGGGUUGCUUCAUCUGCUCCGUUCAUGUCGUUGAGAUUUCUGUCCUCCGUAGGUUUUGUGAUGUUUGCCUGUUUCUCGCUCUCGAGUAGGUCCCUGCGUCAAUCUUGCCUUCGGCAUUGAGGUGAGAAAAUUAGCCCCACCUUUUCUUGCUGCUCUACUGUUCGGUGAAAUGCUUGUGCCCUGAUGGAUUCCGUUUUUUCCCCUUGGUGUUCCUUCGCGUCCUGCUUCUUGCCUGCUUUGCAAGUCUUUGUUUCACCUGUUGGCUCGGUUCAGUUGAUUGUCCGUGCAUGGGUAUGUUGUGUAUACGAUGCAAAUUCGGAACAAUGGAUUUGGUUUUCUGAACCACAAAACUUGUCUAGCUUGAAUUAGCAGAUUACACCAUGAAAAUACAUACUGUCCUUUAAAAAAUACUGUGUAUUAGUACCUCUUUAGACCCUGCUGCUUGCGAUCUGAACCAGGAUAUACUUUUCUACAAUUUAGAUGUUAUAUCAGUUUGCAGAUGAAUUCGUGGCUAAUACUAGCAUUGUGAAUUUUUCAUGUUUGUCUUCCUUCCUUUCAACCUGAUGCAUGUCAGCAUGUGCAUAAUGCUCGUUUGUGACUAUUCUUUGCUUUCUUAUCACAUCUACGCCAUGGUUAUGAGGGAUAAUUUUAAUUCUAUUGCUAGAUACUGUGUUUGAGUUUUAUCCAUCACCGGAAAAUGGUAUCAAAAGGUCUAUGGUUAAUUGUUCAGACACUGGAGCAGAAAAGGCUAUAAUUUGGUCUCACUUUGAUUCUGUUACGACUAGAUAUCAAGUUUAUAGCAUGUGAACUCUAAAGAGUAGCAACUAAAUCUUGUGCUCAAUCACUGCCUACCCUCCUGAGAACCAGAGCAAAAAAUGUAUAGUCUACACAAAUUUUAGUUAAGAUUGUAUCCAGAUCAUAUGGUACAGAUAUUGCCUCGCUGAUACUGACGCUUUGCUGAACCUGGACUUGUAAAUUGCCCUGUAUCACCCUCACACAGGUGGAUCCUCGGUAUACAAAUUAGUACUUAAGCAUUGGCUUUUCUGAAUAAGAAUAACGGCGUACAUACCUGAAGAAUUAAAACUUGCAAUAAUAUAUACUUCUACUUUGUACACCUGUCUGAGAAUGCCAUAAGCCUUGUUUUUACACCUCUUGAAAUUUCUCAAUCUAUUUAUGAUUCUGCACAAUUUUUAGUCUAUAAUUAAUUUUCCUGUCAACCAGCAUCCCAAGCAAGCAAUAUCAAGGUUGGUUAGCACACGUCUUACACUUCCUAUAUAUGAUAUGGUCCAUAUAUGCACAUUGCACGUAAAAACUUGAGUUUCAUGCAUAGAUUUUUUAAAAAUAGCUUAUUUUCUAUUCGGGCACUCUUCGUAAAAAGUACUGCAUAUUGAAACUUAUG